GCCUAUGCGACGUCGGUUUUUCGACUGCGCCUGCUUCGGAUGUAUCCGAUCUAUCCCGCGGUCUUCGUUUUCGACCAUUCGUUCUCUUAAGGGCAUUGUGACGAGGAUGGCUCACGAUGCCUCGGAUUCAUCCGAAACGUGCAGGGAAUGGCUACACACGGACGAAGCCGCUCCGGUGGUGGUUCCGCCCCACAUGGAGAGGAGCGUCGAGGGACGACGUCGUCGCCGGCAAGGGAAACGAGUCGGGGAGGUGGCGGUGGGAGGAAGAACGACGGGCUCAAAACUUGUGGUGCGACUACAACAAACGUGUCUGGUAUUUGGACUUGGCGAGCAAGGACGGCUCCGACCCGUUGCAACCACCAUGCGGGCCGCUCUUGUUCGUCGCCGUUCACGCCGACAGAACGCGUCUCGUAGGGUCCAUCGCCCAGUGGGUUGACGUUGGCGAAUACAAUUUCAAGUUUAUGUUGAAGAAGCAUUACAGAAGUGAUGGUUCCGUCGACGACAUCGCAAAGGGAUGCAAGGUUGCCGGGAGGAUGUUCGGCGGGUACGACCGGCGUGCGAUGUCUUUGCCGUACUUUGUCCCGCUAGCGCCGGGGCACGACGAGGCCGUUCACGUGACAAACUUCCUCGAGGUCUGGGCGAGAUCUGGUACCUCUGUCAGUGCCGUGGACGUCGGACCUGGGACAUCGAUCAGUGGUCCUGUUGGGUUCGCGGGAGGAGAGUGCUCUCAAAGGGGGAUGGGAGGUCAGGGUGGCCUGCCAGCUACGCCUCCUAAUCAAGAGGUGGGCAUGUCAGACGACUCGGAGGACGACCAUCCGCGUGCUCCUUCGAAACCGGGCUUGCAUGGAUCUCGCCGCCAAGGUUUGCUUGGGGAGUCGACGCCACGUGGAGGCAGCAAUGGCGAACGGUUGCGACAGGGCUCAGAAUCGACGACUCCUCAUGGUCUGGUCGAAAGGAUUGGUUCGUUCGUUCGUGGCAUGCAGGUGGCCGAGGUUUCGCCAGGAGAUCGCGCGGGUGGUCCGCAGGUUCGAGAGGUGCGUGGGUCAGAUGAGACGACUCGCCGGGCCCGACCUGCGCCUGCGCAACUGCAGACGGAGUUCAGCCAGGAACGAGAAGCAAGUGGGAACGUCGCCGGUGAGGAGGAGGUAUCCGAGCAGGGGCUGUUCCGUGAGAGAUCGGCUGAAAAGACUCAGUCGGAAGGAAAGCGCAACUUGCCAGAUGAGGAAGAGCAAGAGGGAGUAGGUGUUAUGAAAAGGCAGAGAAAGGUAGGAGGGAGUGCUCGGACGCCAACAACACGAGAGGGCGGUUCCGUUGAGAAGAGGAAAAGGGUUGGAGGUGGGGAUGAAACGCCAAAAGACUCGUCGACACAGCGAAGAACCGGUGAGUCUUCCGGAAAACGGUCAAAAUUAUCGAGGGGGAAGAAAGCAGAUGGGGGCGACAGCGGGGAGGGAGAUGACGACGUGGAGAUUAACCUCAACGACUUUAACCUCGACAAUGCGUUCUUCCUCGAGAUGCAGACAGGGGUGCAGAAGGACGUCGUGUUGCACAUCCAUCCCGAAAGAAUAUUAGCUAUUCCAGACUGGGAAGACACGUACAACCACCGAUCCUUGGACGAGUUCCUCGUUGAUACCAUCGCGUCGGCUAUGAUCGACUGCUACGAAUGUAAAGACAUGAGAUACACGAAGUCCAUUUUCGUUCUCGCUCCGAUCGUCGUGCCUCCAGAGAACGGCGAGCCUGCUGUGCGCGUGCUGCCUGCUGACUUCGACAACUCACAGUCGGAGAAAUACUGGUAUUAUCCUGUGUGUGGACAACAUAACGCGAGGGCGGCGAUGAAGGUGAAAGACCAUCCCGUGUUUGAGUACUACAACUUUUGUAAAUGGCCGUUCAGACCGAUCUACUUCCCUGACGACGAGUUCGACGGCUACGCCCAUGACGAGGUGCGAAAGUGGGUGCAGUUCAUGGCGUUGGCUAUGAAGAAGACACAGUACACGCCUUUGUGGAACCUGUCAACGGAAGAAAAGAAAAGAAAGGAAUGGGCUGAGAAACUUCGAUACUACCUCCCGCUGGCCAUGGCAGAUGACUCCGUCUUCGCUUUGGGAGAGAAGUUCUAUGAGGAGUGGUCGAAAGGGAAACUCCUUGCUUCCGACGGCCGGCGUUGGACUGAAAAGCCGCCCACCCAUGAGGAGGUGGCCAAGCCAGGACUCUCCACUAUGACUGACAGCCAGGGGCUGAAGAAACACGUCUGGUACGUGAAGGUGGACGACCCGUCGUUGAACAAGGGCAAGGGGAAGCCAAAGAAAGGCGUGGAGGAGAAAACUUUCUACGUCCAAGUUCCUGAGACGGAUGUCCACUGCUGGAAGGAAUUGGUGGACUUGACGGACCGCGAGAAGAAAAGGUUGUUCAACGACGUCUUGAACCUUAACUUCGAGUAUGAGGAAAUGGAUAAGCGGGAGUGGAAUGCCAACUCCACGUUCUUCAGGUCCAAGAAGCAACUGUUGGAAGAGUUCAAGGACAAAGGUCUCGACGACAAGCUUUGGAACGAGAGCAGGAAAUUUUUCACGGACUCCACGUACGUCAACAAGUGCCCUCAGUUUCCCGGGUGUGAACACGACAACAACAUCAAGAGAACGGCGACCCUCAUCAAUGACCAGCAUUUCCUAGCGGAGUGGAAGCGUGUCGUCCUUUCGGUGAUCACAGGAGAUUGCGCCAAAGGCAAAAAAAACCCUCGGGGCGUUGAUGAAUGCAUCAACAUUAUGUGGACGAGGACAAGCGCCUUGCCGACGCUGGCCCAGUUUAACGUCGACCCAUUGAGUGCCAUAGAUCAUAAGGAGGCGCUGGGAAAACUAGGGCAUCAGCUACGCUCCCACACUUGCGUGCUCGACUUGUGCGGAACUGUGGACCGUGCGCAAUGGGAUUCUGGGGCAUUCACGUCUCUAAGUGAGUUGUUGGGCUUCGUUUGUCAGGACUACUGGACAUUGGUGGUAUUCGUUCCCUCCCUGUGGAACCUCUCCUUCAUGACAUCUUUGUCUGCGCUUGGGGCUAUCCGAUGCUACACGGGGAAGUGGGUUCGGAAGACGGCAGCGAAGAAGACGCAUCGGUUCGGAAACAACGUCUGGGAGGAGCCGGAUGUGAUGCACAUCCUUUUCAAAGGCGAGGAUCUUCGGCUACUGACUCACCCGGUGUACGAGGGAGCUGUUGCUGAAGACGACGCCGCCGCUCUCCGGAGGAAACAGAAAGUGGCACCGACGGAUGUGGAGGAGAAGUUUUUCAAGUCCUUGACUUUCGCGGACAUCGGAAACCUCACCCAGAGGGGGGCUCUGUACAAGGACGGCGAGCGGAAUCCGAAUCAGUUAUGCAAUCAGCUUCUUUUCUUUUGUGGUGUGGCGGAUGCCGUGCUGUUCUUGGGCAAGCCGCACGCGCAGUAUGUCACCCAUGAAGUGUCGUCCAAGGCUUACCCAUGCGAUUUCCACCAUGUCGUGGUCGAGCCCGUUUAUGACCCGAACAAUGACAUGUUCUUCAAGUUGACUCCGAAGAAAAGGCGCCAGGUCUACUCCUUCCUUUACGAUGAACAACCGAGGUUGAGAUUUGACCCGCAGUACGUGGUGCAAGAGGAAGUCGCCAUUGCGGUCCUCCUGGGCUACCACGGAGCGAGUCGGGCCGGCGCUGUGAGCUUCAUUAAGAGGCUGGAAUAUGUAUUUUUUAACGAGGAUGUUGUCGAUCCGGCCGACUUCACUUUGGAUAACUACAAGCUGACAUUCGGUGAGGAGGACGACUUCAAUAUCGAGACUGAGCAGGAGGAGAGUGUUGAGGACGACCUCUUUGAUUUGGACGGGCAAUUGGCCAUCUUCAACGCCCAAGUUUCUAAGUCGCCGUCAGUAUGCAAACCGGGGACACCUCUCGCUACACCCACCUCGGGCGGCCCCACGCCCGUGUCCUCCUCAGCGCCUGUCAAGAGGGUGGCUGUGAGGGACGUAAGUGGAGGGUGGAUAUAUAACGAUCGUUGGGACCUCGAGACAUUCAAAUCUCGCGCCUACGAUGCGGUUUUGGAGAGAUUAAGUGAGGUCAAUCGACGAAGUAAGGACGACCCUGCUCUGCGCGAAUACGGGGACACGCUGUUCGAUUUAUUGCAGUCAAGUAAAUGGUUGGAAGUGUCCUCCGCGUUCUGCGCCCUUCUGUCAAACCCGUCAAUUAAGCAAGUGAGUUGGGAGUUGCCUGCGGGCACCCCGCCGGCAGGAGUUGUGAUGCGCAAGUCUCGCGGAAAGGACGGCGAAGGGGAUGGUGAAGGCGGCGGGCAACGAGGUACCGGAGGUGGAAGUGAACAGCGUUCAACGAAACAGCGGUCUCCCUGGCACGCAGGCGGCGUAGAGGGGAAAAAUGGGAGCCGGGAGAAGAAAAAACCUCGCAGCAGAAAGAAGACAAAACAUCACACAGGAGACGAGCAGGGGUCCGAUGUCGACCGCGACGAGGACGGUGGGGUUCUGGCGGUGACAGGCAGCACCUCAAUGGAGAAGGGGAACGACUUCAGGCCUGGGUGGAUUACACGGCUUGGCGAGCAGAACUCUGUGAUUAGCUCCACCAGCGCAACACAGUAUACCGAUGCUGUUGGCGGGGCAGUUGUAGCAAAGAAUGGAACUUGCUUCGCUCAGCUCCAAAAAUGGUUGGCCGAUUGUCUCGGAUCUAUCCGAACCUCGGAGACGACAUCGUCGUCCGGAACUAAGUGCCUUCCGGGAAGCGAGACGACAACAUACCACGGAUCCGGCAGCGACAAGCUCCAACCAUGUUCGGUUUCACCUCAAAAGGAAGUUCAGAUUAAUUCGAACCGGGAAGCCAGUACCGUUGAGAAAGCACAACGGUCUGCGGAACUAAAACGGGUGGUCUGGGUUUCCGAAAACCCUGGGGGCGAAAUUCGGAUUCAUCCGAACCAGGAGGACGUGUCCGCCAUGACAGACGACCGGUGUCAGGACGCCGUAAUGCUGUGCAUGGAAGUCCACAAGGAGCUGCAGGCAGACUGUCCGACUGAGGGUGAGUUAGCGACCAGUUUCAAUGUCGAGCCCCGCACACUCGGAGCCAAAUGCCUGGUGACGGUACGCGCUGAGUUAGCAGUUUUUAGCGACUCUCCGGUGAAAGCGGACACGUCAUCGCCGUUGGAAACUGGGGUGGCUCGGAUGAAUCCGAACUAGGGUCCUAUGAGCAUGUCCCUCCCUGAUGCAGGUUUGGAGACGACCGUAAUUUGGAUUCAUCCGAAACACACGGACGA